UGCAGUGGUGGGAGUACCAAGCACUAUACUGGAGCCACCGAACCAGUAUAAAAGUCGGUGGAGGUCCAUCCGAGUUAUGUACCUUACUAUGUUCCUCAGCAGUGUAUCAUUCUCCAUUUGUAUGUCUUCCUUAUGGCCAUAUCUAAAAAUUCUUGAUGGUUCAGCAAACACAGAUUUCCUUGGAUGGGUCGUAGCAUCCUACAGUGUGGGACAAUUAAUUGCCUCUCCUUUGUUUGGAGCAUGGGCAACUUACAGAGAUAGGAGCAGAGAGCCACUAGUUGUUUCAAUGCUGAUCAAUGUAUUAGCUAAUGUUCUGUAUUCAUACCUAGAGAGCAUUCCUUCUCACCAGGCUGUGUAUCUCAUUUUAUCAAGGAGUCUUGUAGGAUUUGGAGCAGGAAAUGUUGCUGUUGUUAGGUCUUAUGUUGCUGGUGCCACAACCUUGAAAGAAAGAACAUCAGCUAUGGCCAUAAUGAGUGCCUUUCAAGCAGUAGGCUUUAUUAUUGGACCAGUUAUUCAGAUAGCUAUGGUUCCAAUUGGUUACCCAGGACCAGUCCAUCUUGAAUCUGUUCAUCUUGAUCUUUAUACAUCUCCAGCAAUCCUCAGUUCCAUUGUGGGUGUAAUUAACAUUAUACUUCUAUUUGCUGUGUUCAAAGAACAUCGUGUAGAUAAUGAUGACGAUAUUAACUUCAGUGUACAAGACACACAGAGCAUUGAGAAGAGUGUGAUGCCAGAGUAUACUCCAGAUUAUGCAGCAGUCGUCUCAUCUAUACUUCUAUUUUUUGCUAUUCUUUUUAUUUUUGCUGUUUUUGAAACAAUUGGCACACCAUUGACCAUGCACAUGUAUGCUUGGACUAAGGAAAAUGCUACCCUGUACAAUGGUAUUAUCCUAGGUGUUGGAGGAUUGAUAUCUAUAAUGGUUUUUAUUCUCAUAAGGAUAUUGUCCAAAAGGUUUAAUGAAAGAUAUAUAUUACUUGGUGGAUUUAUCAUGUGUUUAUUAGGAUUUGUGGUUUAUCUCCCUUGGGGAGACAAUUAUCCAUCCUCACAAACUGCUACAAUUAGUCCUCCCAGAAGUCUUGGACCAAAUAUUACAGAUUUUACAACAAGUAUGAAUACUGUUGAAUUAACAACACCAUCCUGGAUAGAUCCCACUACACAGCAACAUAGUUCUAUAGUAACACAAUCAAUAAGUACAGUAGAGAAAGCUUCUCAUUUAACAGUGCCAGUGACAUCGCAAAGUAUUAAUGUGACUUCUCAUUCAUUAGAUAGUAUGUCAACAAUGCCACUAACUUCAGACUCUCAGCAUACGGAGGUCUCAACAGUCUCUGCCAGUACCAAAAAUAAAAUUAUAAGUGUAAUAAGUGAUAUUAAUCGUCAAAAAAGAAAUUCAGUUUUAUAUUUUGAACAGGAAAACAAAAUGGAAGAUUUAGUAUAUUUAGAUUUCGCAUUUUCCAAUAUGACAACAGAAAUGCCGUUUAAUUUAACCACGACACAAAGUAAUCAUUCUGACACUGGACAUGAAUCUACUGGAUGUCCCGACACCUAUAAGUGGUGUUCCUACACACCCAUUGUUACUUUCCCUCAGUUUAUAUUUGGUACUUUAAUGAUUGUGAUUGGAUAUCCUACAUGCAAUGUUAUGACUUAUACGCUGUAUUCUAAAAUACUUGGACCAAAACCUCAGGGUAUGAUGAUGGGAUGGUUGACAGCCUCAGGAAGUCUGGCUCGAACAGUAGGACCUAUAUUUGUUAGUCAAGUUUAUAAUGCAUAUGGACCUAGAGUGACUUUUGUGUCGAUGAUAAUAAUUGUAUUUUUAGCCAUUUUGAUGUUAUUAUUUGUAUUUAAAAGACUUGUACCCUUUACAUUUACAGCAGAGAUCUCAAAAGCAUCAAAAAUGUAAUAUCAAAAUAUCAGUAUAAAUUUUGUACAAAUUGCCAAACAUUUCUUACUUUAUUUUCAAGUAGUUUAGAGUUAACAGCGAUUUGUUGUGUAUUAUGGCUUCUGAAAUGAUUUUUAUCCUUCCUUUUAUUUUCCUACGAGUGUUUUCUUCAGAUAAACUUUAUAUAAUUGAAAAUUCAGUAAUAAUGUUGUUCACUUGCAUCUUGUUCUGUAAUUUAAAAUUAAAAAAAAGCUACAAGUCAAUCAAGUACUGUAUUUCAAUGAUGUUAUUUUAUGAGAACUUUCCAGAAUGCAAGUGUUUCUUACUGUAUAGACUUACUGAUUGCCAAUACUUUUUUUGUUGUGUAUGUUUAUAGAUUUAAAAAGUAAUGUGUAUGAUGUGGAAGGAUGGAGUGAAUUUACAGAAUGUCGUACAUUUGUCAAGAUGGUGUUCCCUAAUUCAUAAAACUGAACCAAUUUCAAGUUUUAUUAAGUUGUACCUAAUUUCAGUUCAUUGAUUCCUAAAGUUUAUUCACUGUGUUUUUUGAAGGCAGAACUUUUUAACCAAUUUCUGAUUGUUAAUAAUCCUGUACAGUUUUUAUGUUAAUUAAUCUCAGAUAUUUUGAAUUUACAAACCUGUUGGAAGUCUGUGAUUUGUUGUAUUCAAGACCAAUAUAAGAUAAACACUUUUUUAUGGGAACUUCAAUUUUUUUUAUAACCAUAUCAUUAAACAUAUGAUACUCACACAUUUGUUAUUCAGUAAGACAUAAUAAGACAUGACAUAUUAUUUCACUAAAGCCCCCACGUACAACAUUUUUUAACAAGCAAUAAAAGUGUGAACUUAUUUACAUUAGAACAACAUGGUAAACAAAGGUGCAAUAAUAGUAUAUAUAAUGAAUAGUGUUAUGUGACAGGAAGUUCAAAUUAAAGUAACAUGAUUAAGCACAUGUAUUAAAAGAUUUUAAUAACACUUUUGCAAAAUUUUGCUAUUCUAGUAUUUAUAGUGUAAAUAAAUCUGAUGUAUUCAUCAGUUCUUUGAAUUUUAAAACAUUUCAGUUAUUACAUAUAUUUAAAGGUAAAUAUUUAGCUCUUACAUUGUUAAAAAGGUACAUUUCAAUAAGAAAGAAACUCAUCACCAAGCUCAUUAGCAUUACAGAGAUUACAAUGUCUUUCAGUUCAGUAGCUUCAUAAGAAACAACACAUUUUGAGUUAUCUCCCAUUAACAGCAGAACAAUAUAUUUUUAUUUGGUGUUAUAAUACAGUAUGAAUUUCAAAUUUAUUCAGUUAUGUUUAAUUUAUUAUUGUAAACAGAUGUCAUUAAAACCUUAUUACUUUUAUUACUUUGAUUAUAAAAAUAUAAAAAUAAAUCAUGGCAUGGUUUUCUCAAGCUAUGACAUAAUUUUCUUUUUAGAUGGUGUUUUUUAUUAAGUCAUAUUUAAAAUGUUUUAUAAUCCAAAAAAUAUGUAAAAUUUUGGAUUUCUAAUUUUCAUAAAAGAUCUGUCAUAAUGAAAAUAGGAAAAAACCAAACUGCAGGAAACAUUUAAUGUUUUAUACAGUAUUCAGGUCUUGGGUAGGAAAUUCACCUAUUAUUUCAUAUAAAAACAUGUUUUUAAUAAAAUUCUACUGAAGAUAUUUCAUUGAAUACAGAAAUGUCUGCAUGCAGUUUCUUGCAAUAAUUAUGAAACAUAUUUACCAUUACUAUUUUUAGGGAAAUUCCUGUUUAAAGACAAAUAUGAAUUUCUCUACACAAAAAAAUCAUAUGGCUAUAUAGGAAAAAAUUUCUUAAUUUCAAUAUUUGUAUACAAAUAAUGAUUUCUCAGAGAUGACAUGUCCAAAAAAUAUUUCAAAAUAAGCAUAAAUAACUACACAUUUAUGAAUUUAACAUUUAAAAUUUCAUUAAAUCUGACCUCAAAUUAGUUUUUGACAAUGUUUUUAAAAAAUGUGUUUUUAUAUGAAAUAAUAGGGAAAUUUCCAAUAGGUGAAACACUUUUGACCUAAGACACUGUAUUGUUGAAAUUGAAAAACUGAAAUAUUUUUUCUUCAUUAAAUACAUGUAUUUACAUUUCUUUUAUGCAUAAAAAUGUAUUUGCAUCAUUGUAUGUAGAAAUCAAUUUGCAUGAUAAACAUUCACCAGCCAAAAAGAGUUCAAUGAAGGAUAUUUGUCGACACAAAGCAUCAAAUUUCUGCUAUAAUAUUUGAAAGUAUAUAAAUUUACAAUGAUGUUAUUAGAAUUCUGAAAUUGUGGUUAGUGUCUGAUUGAAUCUCUUUUCAAGGGAUAAUGUCAAACUGUUAUUUUAAGUACUACUUGAUGAAAAUUACAAGUUGAGAAAUAUAAAACAUCAUUAUGCUGAUAGCAUGCUUUACAUUUUAAAAAAAGUUGUUGAUAUUGUUGAUAGCCUGGUACAAUUAACACUAUUUAAUUAAAAUAUUAUGUCUUUAUAAAUGGAAUGAUUUAUUUAUGAAAAUUUAUUUUGCUGUAUUAAAGAGAGAGAGAGAGAGAGAGAUUCAGGGUGCUUCUAUUUUUCCUUUACUGUGAUAAUCAUGAUUUUGUUGUUAUUUAUAAUGAAAAUUACCCAUGCAGUUAUGUUUUCAUUGUUAUAUUAGAUUCUAUACAUAUUGAUGUUAUCAUGAAAUACUUGCCGAAAUUAA